AUGGACGACAUCGCGGAAGGGGCCCGCAGGGUGCUGAACCACAUCGAAAACAAUGGCACGGAGGAUCGCUAUGUUACUGGAUAUAUCCGCGCCGUCCGCCAGUACGCAAUCAACGCCCAACGGGGCGAUGGCCAGGGGAUGGCCAAGGUGCUGGAGGCGCUGACCAAAAUCAACCUCGACACUGACCGUCUGAACCAGCGAAUCGACACCAUUGAAAAGACCACGAGCGCUCUAUCGACAACUUUGUCCACCCCUGCGGCGAACUCUGCGGCGGCAUGGCGCACCUUCCGAGCCAGAGAAUGGCAGCGCGACCUGGCCAAGGCGGUGGCACCCAACACCCGGAGCAACGGUACGUCGUCUCCAGGAGUGCCAGAGAUCGAACUUCGCGAAGACCGCGAGAUUAUCGUCAAGGUGGGCUCAAACCGUGAUCAAAUCAGGGGUCUGACGCCCAAGGACCUGGUUGAACGGGCAGAACGGCAGAGAAGUACGAUUGCCAGACAGAAAAAUUCUGGGGUACUAGCUGGGCAGGCUUCAUUCGUAGCUGCCCGAAAGCUGCCCUCGGGCGAUGUGGUGAUGAUCGCCAACAGUGCCGCCGGCGCAGAGGUCCUCCGCAAGCACCGUGCGUGGCUGAGGGCGUUCGGACCAGGCUCGGUGAUCCAGGAACCAUCCUGGGGAGUGGUGGCGUACCAUAUCCCCGUGAAGUCGAUGAAACUUACUCCGGAGACGAUGGCCAACGUUGCAGCUGAACUGCUCAGGCAGAACAACUGGGGCGAAGGCGCAAGGAUCCAAUAUCUCGGAUGGCUGACGCGUCCGGGUGAACGGGCGGAGGGCUCGAUCCUGAUCGAGUUCACCAGCCCAGUCAUGGCUAAUCGCGCGAUUGUCACCGGUGUCGUGUGGGGAAAGCAAAUCCAUAAUGUCUCACGGUUCUGUCGCGAAGGGCGGAUGAAGCUUUGCAGGAAAUGCCAAAAGCCGGGGCAUAUCCAGUCACACUGUUCCAACGUCUUCAAAUGCGGCCACUGCGCUGGCGGGCACCCGACCUGGGAGUGCCCGUCGACAAAGGGGCAAGCGAUACCAGUCAAGUGCGCCAACUGUGGCGAAGGGCACCGCCCGACCAGCCGGGAGUGUCCGGUGAAGAUUGCGGCGGUGAAUGAAGCCAAACAAGCGUUGGUCGAGUGCCCUACAUAUCACCGCAUCCCUCUACACUUCCGGGCUCGGACGAGCUCCGACAAGGAAACGACUUCGACUGAAUCCAGCAUCACCAGACCAGAAGGGAUGGAGGCAUCAGUACAUGCCCCCGAAAGUCAAGAAGAGGAUCUUUCAACGAACUGCCCAGCAACCGUCAUCGAUUUAGACGAAACACCGGCGGCAGACGAGACAACAAUGGAGCCCAUUGAAGCCGCUCAAUCUAGGAGAGGCCCUGGCCGCCCAAAGGGAUCCAGGACCAGGGCAAAGGCCCCCAAACCACCGGUGAUCCCACUGGCAUGCCAGCGGUCGACAAGGUUCCAACUGGCCUCCCAAAAAGCGACACAGGAAGAGGUCAAUUCCAAAAGACGACGCACCGUGGAGCCAGAAGAUGUCAUGGAUGAACAACCAGAUGACAGUGACUGGUUCAACAUCCAACUCAACCCGGCUGACUUCCCUCAAACCAACUCCCGGCAAGAUAACCAAGAACAUCGGCUUUCUCAAUUCAUCACUGAAGUAACAACUGUCAACGAUCCAGGCAGCACUCCAGAACCCGUCGACGAAGAGCUAGACCCGGAGAGCCCUGAGUACCGCAAGCUGGUUGUCUUGAAAUACAGACAGCGACAGGUAGUACCAAUUGAAUCCUCUCCUCCAGUGUCUGGAACGGACGCGUCGACAAUUGAAGAUACAAACGACGAAGUUUGGCACGAAACUAGCGAGCGAAGCGAUGACGAACAACAUCAACUAUGA